UGAAGCAGUGGUGCGUGUAGUUCAUGUAAGGCAGCGAUUUUUAUUGGUUGAUCAGCCGAGUGCAGAGCACCUUAGCAACUUAAAGCGCCCUAGACAACACACUAGUCAAUCCAUAUUCAAACAAUUAUUGUGGGCAAUUCUCUGGAUUAUCAGUUAAAACAGGUGUUAUAAACAGAGUUUGACUCGGUAGGGGAGUUUUACAUCAAGAGAAAAUGACUACAGUAGCUUUUGGCGGUGGACCUAGUCUUGACCAAAGACGAAAUUUCGCUGCUUUGAGAGAUGGUACACACGUGCCAGGAUAUAGAGGAUACUGUCCACAAAUCAAAUACAGAGUUGGCAAAACCUAUGGAACAGACACUCACGAACUGGCUGAGGGCACUAUUCAUGUUGCACCAACCAGUAAUGUUGUUGCUCAUCCACAAUAUAUACCCAGGGUAACCACUCAACUACCAGAAUCUACUGGUGACAAUAAAUAUACACAAAAUAUGGUGCCUGGCUACACAGGAUAUAUACCAAGGAUGCCAUUCAAAUUUGGAAAUACUUAUAAAGAAGACUGUGAUGUGUGUAUAGAUCAGCAUUUAACCAAUUAUAAAUAUCAUGAUGCAAAAUUAAAUGACUUACAAAAACAAGUCAGUGGUUAUCCACGACUAAGGGCUAUAUCUUUUGACCCAGAAGUACGAGACAAAUUAAAUAUGUACAGAGAUACGCACCCACAAAGAGAAAUAUUGUUAGAAAACAAAAGACCUUUGACAGAACCUCCUAUUCCUGGUUACCGUGGUUACAUACCUAGAAUCAAAACAACAGAGCAAGGUUUAGGAUGUAGAUACAACCAGACAACAAAGAAAGGUUUAGAAAUGUUUGCACAAGAAACAGCAAGACAUGCAAGAUUUGCAGGAUCAGAGAUUCCACAAGCUUUAAAAAGUGUACCAGCGGAAACCUUAGGAUUGACAGGACCACACCCACCAAUGGGAAGUGCUAGUGUAGACUUUGGUACAUCAACAUACAGACGAUUAUAUCAAAAUGAUGGCAUGAUUCCUAAAUAUACAGGAUAUAUACCACAUAAAAGAUAUGUGUUUGGAAACACUUACGGAGACACAACAAGGAAACUUUCAGUGUGUGGACACAAAAGUGAAAACUAUGGAACAUAUGUUCGCUCAAAAACAAUGGCAUAGAUAGGGGAUGGACUUAUUUUCUGAUAAGUUUAUCAAUACGGUGACUGAAUAACUAAUUAAUUAUCAUUUAUGUAGAGCUUUAACUAAAGUGCAUUUAUAAAAUCAUGUGUAGUAUUUUAUAUUUAAAUAAAAUGAAUUAAGCAAUCUCAACAAUAUAUGUAUAGGUCUACAAAAUCUGUAUAAUAUUAUGUUGUCAGGUUGCUAAAAGAUUUUAUAAGUACAAAAAGGAAAGAAGUAUUAAAAUAGAAAGAAACUUUAGAAGCCUAUCAUUUAAAUAUGAUAAAAGAACAUGAAUCAAUGUGGAUUUUUAGAGAUGGUUUCAAAUUCGACUAAUUGUCGGUAUAGUGCAUUUUACUAAUCAAAAGUAUCAGCCCCUGUGUGAUUUUGUCAGUUAUUUUAGUGACUAUUAAAAAAAAUAUUUGAUUAUUACUGAUAAUAAGUGCAUAGUGAUUUUUUUAUCAAUUUUUUUCAUGUUAAACAUAUUUUUUUUUAUCAAUUUUGUUCAUUUGAGGAACUGUUAUUUAUUUCCGUCCAUGUUAGACAUGCUUUCUUUGUUUUGCCUUUCAUCAAAUUAUGUCUGUGAUUACUUAAGAGAUAUUUUAGUACUAUUUUUAUUUGAACAUUCCAUUGUGUUUUGUUAUUGUUUAUUUGUUUUGUUAUAGUAAUAACCAUUCUGUGAUAUAUCUUGUAUUACUUUCAGUGCAUGUACAAUACUUUAAUCAAACUUGUGUUUCUUCUCAAUUAAUGAGAAAUGGAUCUUAUCCUCAAAAUAAACAAAAAUUAAUGGAAGUAGUUUUCGAUAAGAAACAGAAAUAUAUUUUAUCCUAUAGAAGGCAGGUGCUUUGUUUUUUGUAGCUGUGCUACAUAUUAUAAACCGAGCACCAGCCUUGUAUGAUCAUUCCUCAGUCUGUUUGUUAUUGAUAACACUAAAGCUUUAUUAAAAAGAACUUUCUUUUUUAGUCUUUUGUCUUGUUAAUGUGGCAGCCAAAACCAUGUGUGAAACUUUAAAUGAUAGAGGAAGAAUUUGAUAUAAGUGCCAAAGUUUUAUUCUUGUUCGCAUAGUCUGAAUGUACGACUUGAUGAUACAUGUAUCAGAUCUGUUUAUUUUUUUCUAACAUGGAAAGAAAUUUUUUUUGCAAUAUAAAAAUUGAAAUAAUAAAUCAAGUACCAUGUACUGUUAUUUCACUUCUUCAUAAUAUUUUUGAUAUUUUUAUUUUAUUUGUAUUAUUUUACUGCCCAUGCACUUAUUAACUCUCACAGUUGUAAAUAGUUACGUUUAAACCUAUUACAUGUCAGAGUGUAUAGAUAUUAGAAGCCUUGGAUGUAUUAGGAUUUCCUCAGAGAUUUUCCCAUUUGCUUUAAUUGCUCAAUUCUUAGAUUCUAUAGAAAAUAAUAAAAUAAAAAGUUGUGUUGUUAUUUUAGUGAGAAAACUAUAAGUUCAUUGAUUGUCACCAAAAUGUAAAUGAUAUUUUAAAAGGUUAGAAAACUGCAAUACUGGAUAAAUAUAUAUCAAGGUUUUUUUCUUCAAAUAAUCAGUUGAUAGUGUAACAUAUCUAAAGUCAGUUUUAUUUUUCACAGAAAAUGUCACUGCAUCCUAAACUCACUCAGAUGUAAUUCAGAAUUUCUUUUAAUAUUUAGUAUUUCUUGAGCAUUUGUUUUUCUAGUUUUCUCACUAUAAAUAAGGAAAUAUUUUCAUGUUUUUUCUUUAUGUGGAAUAGAGGACGCAUAAUCAUUUUGGAACAUAAUAUAUGUUGAAUUGUUUUGUGCUAUUAACCUUUUUUGGAGAGUAUCAUAUAUAGACAUAAGCUCAGGAUAAUAAACUAUUUUAACAUUGAAA